UUCCUCGGUCGACCAUCGUUCCUCUUCCUGCGUUUCUGCAUCGGCCGUUUGUUUUCCAUUCCUGCCGUCUGCCCUGUGGCUUGCCCGACGUCAACGUCAUGCGGGUGUGGCUCGCACAAGCAUUUUUGGUGCCUGGGCUUAGCCUUGCCCGAGCCCAGUCAGCCUCCUACCUAAACAACACUCCCAUUGCCCCCAGCCCGGCCACACUAGACAAUGCCUUCAGUCCUCCUUUCUAUCCCAGCCCGUGGAUAGAUGGUCCUUCGGGAAGGUGGGCCGAGGCCUACGAGAAGGCGACCCAGUUUGUGUCGCAGUUGACUCUGCUUGAGAAGGUCAACCUCACCACCGGCACGGGCUGGAUGUCGGAUGCAUGCGUCGGGAACGUUGGCUCCAUCCCUCGUUUGGGCUUUCCUGGCCUCUGCAUGCAGGACAGUCCACUCGGCAUUCGUUUCGCCGACCACGUCUCCGCUUUCCCGGCUGGCGGAUUCAUUGCUGCAUCAUGGGACCGCGCCGAGUUCUAUCGUCGGGGCUACCAGAUGGGUCUCGAGAUGCGUGGCAAGGGCGUUGAUGUGCAGCUCGGCCCCGUCGUCGGUCCUCUUGGUCGCAAUCCCAAGGGCGGUCGGAACUGGGAAGGCUUCAGCCCCGACCCCGUCCUCUCCGGUAUUGCAGUCGCCGAGACCGUCAAGGGCAUCCAGGAUGCCGGCGUCAUUGCGUGCACCAAGCAUUACAUCAUGAACGAGCAGGAGCACUUCCGCUCGCCAGGCAACUUCGAGGACAAGGGCUUCGUCGAUGCCGUCAGCUCCAACCUCGCCGACAAGACGCUCCACGAACUCUACCUCUGGCCCUUUGCCGAUGCCGUACGUGCCGGCACAGGCAGCAUCAUGUGCUCAUACAACAAGAUCAACAACUCUCAGGCUUGCCAGAACUCGUACCUUCAGAACUACAUCUUGAAGGGCGAAUUGGGCUUCCAGGGCUUCAUCAUGUCUGAUUGGGACGCUCAGCACUCUGGCGUGGCCUCCACACUGGCAGGACUGGACAUGACAAUGCCUGGUGAUACCGACUUCAACAGCGGCCUGUCCUUCUGGGGAGCCAACCUCACCAUCUCCGUCCUUAAUGGCACCGUUCCGCAGUGGCGCCUUGACGAUGCAGCCGUGCGUAUCAUGACCGCUUACUAUCUUGUGGGCCGAGACAUGGCGGCAGUCCCCAUCAAUUUCAACAGCUGGUCAUUGGAUACCUACGGCUACGGCCAUGCUCACGCAAAAGUGGGGUACGGCCUGAUCAAUGAACACGUCGACGUGCGAGAGGCUCAUGGUCAAUCUAUCCGUCAGGCAGCAGCCCGCUCCACUGUGCUCCUGAAGAACAGUGGCGUACUGCCGCUCACGGGCCGGGAAAAGUUUACAGCCGUCUUUGGUGAUGACAGUACGGAGAACCCUUACGGACCGAACGGAUGCGCGGACCAUGGCUGCAACAACGGCACCCUCGGUAUGGGCUGGGGCUCGGGCACUGCCUUCUUCCCCUACCUUGUCACGCCUCUCGAGGCCAUCAAGAGUCAAGUCUUGAGCAACGGCGGUGUCGUCCAGUCCGUCGUCGAUAACUGGGCUUACAGCCAGAUUACCGCCCUCGCGAGGCAGUCGACAGUGUCCAUUGUCUUUGUGAACGCCGACUCUGGUGAGGGCUACAUCACGGUGGACGGCAACGCUGGUGAUCGUAACAACCUCACCUUGUGGCAGGAUGGAGACCGGCUGAUCCGGACCGUUACUGCCGAGUCGAACAACACCAUUGUUGUCAUCCAUUCGGUUGGCCCGGUCAUCAUCGAAGAGUACAAAAACAACCCCAAUGUCACAGCUAUUGUUUGGGCCGGCCUCCCUGGCGAACAGUCGGGCAAUUCCAUCGCAGACGUUUUGUACGGCCGUGUUAAUCCCGCCGGUAAGACGCCAUUCACCUGGGGUAAGCAGGAGUCGGACUAUGGGCCAGACCUCAUCUAUAAGCCCACCAACGGCAGCCAAUCUCCUCAGGAUAACUUUGAGGAGGGUGUCUUCAUCGACUAUCGCGCCUUUGACAGGAAGAACAUCACCCCAACCUACGAGUUUGGCUUUGGCCUUAGCUAUACGACCUUCAACUACUCCGAUAUCAAGGUCACCAAGGUGUCGGGCGGCCCCUAUGCGCCGACAGUGGGCAAGACACAGCCUGCUCCGGUCUUUGGCAACGUUAGCAACAACGCGGCGGAGUAUCAGUGGCCCGCCAACCUGACCCACGUCCGCAACUACAUCUAUCCAUACCUCAACAGCACCGAUCUCGCGGAGGCGUCCAUGGAUCCUCAGUACGGCGUCGAAGUGGAGCUCCCAGCGGGCUCCCAGGACGGCUCGCCUCAAGCUCGCAUCCCCGCCGGUGGCGCCCCCGGAGGCAAUCCUCAGCUAUGGGACAUUCUCUUCACCGUCUCCGCCACCGUCACCAACACGGGCAAGGUUGCAGGCGAAGAGAUCGCCCAGCUGUACGUCAGCCUCGGCGGUCCUGACGACCCCAAGGUCGUGCUCCGCAACUUUGAGCGCCUCUCGAUCCAGCCAGGCCAGAGUGCGACGUUUGUGGCAGAUGUCACCCGUAGGGACUUGUCGAACUGGGACACUGCCACGCAGAACUGGGUCAUUACGAAGUAUCCCAAGACGGCGUAUGUCGGUAGCAGUUCGCGCAGCCUACCGCUGAGCGCGCCGCUCGAUGUGUCCGACUACCUCUAGAUGGUCGACGGGGAGACCAACUAAUAAUUAAUGAUGGUAUGGUAUGGUGGAGAUUUGAGGGAUCGGAGCAGUUAUGAUGGGAAAUGGACUUCUUCUAAUGACGAGAUGGGAUGACGGAGAGGUGAUAAUAUUCCCUUGUAAAUAUAGAUAUACGCGACCAACGAUGACGGCACAACUCAAUGUGCCCCUAGUAGGUGGUUGAGGCUAGUAGCGAAAGACAUCAAAAUCAACUGCGAUUCAAUCACUAGUUGUAC